AUGAUCGGUUUACGGGGUGCUCUGAUAACAGUGGCCCUUUUUGUCACACUGGCCCUGGCUAGAGAUAUUAGUGGAUUGAAGGAUUUAGAAACAGCUGCCAGCCACCAUCAUUUUGAAAAAGGUGGUGGGGACGAGCAUCACUCCGGUCAUCAUAACGAACAUGGUGAAAAAGGAGAUAAAGGCUACAAAAGUUAUCAUCAUCAUGAUAAGGGAGAGAAAGGACAUCACGACAAAGAGGGACAUUCGGGACACUAUCACGAAGACGAAGGACACAAGAAGCAUCAUCAUCACGAUGAUGGAUAUUACGGAGAACAUCACAAAGGAGAAAAAGGCGAAAAGGGCCACAGCUUCCACGAGAAAGGACACUAUGGUAAGGGACACAGUACCAAAGGGCAUCAUGAGGUAAAGAAGUUUGACGAAUUUAAGAAGGAUAAGGAAUUCCACGAUGAGCAUCACGACUCUGGUCAUCACGAAGAUCACGGUGGUCAUCAUCACGAGCAUGGUCACAAAAAAGGUGGUCACUUUAAGAAAGGACAUCAUGAUCAUGGCCAUCAUGAAGAUCAUUAUGGUAAAAAGGGCCAUCACGAGAAGGGACAUCAUCAUCACGAUCAUAAAGGUCAUAAAGACAGCGGUGGACACGAUGAACAUUACCAUCACGAUUCUCAUUAUGGUAAAAAGGGUGGUCACGAAGAUCACAAAGAAUGGGGAUACAAACACGGCCAUUAA